AUGCACACAGGCGAGCACCGCUUUCGAGGAGAUCCCGAUCAUGCAAGUGGUUUGUGCCAGCUUCAGAACUGUUGCUUAUUCCACCGUAUCAGUGAUCUGUCAAACGUGACAAGCAGAGAUCCAGCUUUGCGUCGCUCUCUCGCAGCUGAGAUUCGCAAUGCCUGCGUCUCCGUCGGUUUUUUCUAUGUCAAGAAUCAUGGCAUACCAGAGGAGGUAAUAAGCAAAGCCGUCAGCGCCGCGGAAAGAUUUUUCUCCUUGCCUACUGAGACAAAGAUGAAGUUAGAUAUCCAUGCAAGCCCCAACUUCAAAGGAUAUACAGCCCUCCUUGGAGAAAACGUGAACCUCAAUAAUAAGGGCGAUCUGCAUGAAGCGUUCGACUUUGGAUGGGAGUCAGACAGCACCGCUUGCUCCCUCAACAGUGUUAUGGUCGGCAAAAAUGUUUGGCCAAAUAAUCUCCCGGAAUUCCGAGAGGACGUCCUUGCUUAUUAUGACGCUGCUCUGAGGUUGGGUGUACUGUUAUUUCCCUUGUUUGCCUUGGCGUUAGAUCUCCCCGAGGAUUUCUUCGGAGAUAAAGUCACAAAGCAGGGCGCUAUCGGAAGGUUACUUCACUAUCCUCCACAACCCCUACAACCGAUGGAAGGAAUAGAGGGGAUAGGGGCCCAUACCGAGCGAUUCUUCACGAUACUUUGGCAACAAGAUGACACUCCAGCGCUACAGGUGAUGAACACAAAUGGAAAAUGGAUUGAUGCCACUCCCAUACCAGGUACAUUAGUUCUGAAUCUGGGAGACCAAUUAGCCCGCUGGACUAAUGAUGUCUUCAAGUCCACUGUCCAUCGCGCAAUAAAUAGAACAGGGAAACGGCGUUACUCGAUCCCGUUGUUUUUCGGCAUCGAUUACAACGUCAGACUCGAGCCCAUUCCAGGAUGUGUGAGUACAGACAAUCCAGCCAAGUAUGAGGUGGUUACUGCUGGGGAAUAUGUGAAGUCUCGCUUGGAGGCUACGUACGCGCAAUCUAGGAUAUAA